ACGCGCCGUUGACCUGCGCGUGGUCUCAUGGCAUCUCCUCUGCACAGUCAUCCGAGAAUGCGGAGCGCAGCCCCUCUCCGGAUGGCCAGGCUUCCUAUCAAAGACCCAAGGGGAGAAUCAAGGAGGAAAGGGCCUCUUCCUUGGAGGGCAACCCAGAGAGAGCAGUGUUCUGUGUCCAGGGGAGGAGGCAAGUUUUUAGAAAUAGGUCACGAGCCGGGGCUUAUGCAGCUGGUAAAUUACUACAGGGGGGCUGACAAACUGUGCCGAAAAGCUUCUUUAGUGAAGCUAAUCAAGACAAGCCCAGACCUGGCUGAGUCCUGCACAUGGUUCCCAGAGUCCUAUGUGAUUUAUCCAACUAAUCUCAAGACCCCAGUUGCUCCAGCACAGAAUGGAAUCUACCCUCCUGUCAAUAGCUCAAGGACAGAUGAAAGGGAAUUCUUCCUGGCUUCUUAUAACAGAAAGAAAGAAGAUGGAGAGGGCAACGUAUGGAUUGCAAAGUCAUCAGCCGGUGCCAAAGGGGAAGGCAUCCUCAUCUCCUCAGAGGCUGCAGAGCUCCUGGAUUUCAUAGACAACCAGGGCCAGGUGCACGUGAUCCAGAAAUACCUUGAGCGCCCUCUGCUCCUGGAGCCGGGUCAUCGCAAGUUUGACAUUCGAAGCUGGGUCUUAGUGGAUCAUCAGUAUAAUAUCUACCUCUACAGAGAGGGUGUUCUUCGGACUGCUUCAGAGCCAUAUCACGUUGAUAAUUUUCAAGACAAAACCUGCCAUUUGACCAAUCACUGCAUUCAAAAGGAGUACUCAAAGAACUACGGGAAGUAUGAGGAAGGGAACGAAAUGUUCUUUGAGGAGUUCAAUCAGUACUUAACAAGUGCUUUGAACAUUACCCUGGAAAGUAGCAUCUUACAACAAAUCAAACAUAUAAUAAGAAGCUGCCUCAUGAGCGUGGAGCCCGCCAUCAGCACCAGGCAUCUCCCCUACCAGAGCUUCCAGCUCUUUGGCUUCGACUUCAUGGUGGAUGAGGAGCUGAAGGUCUGGCUCAUUGAGGUCAACGGAGCCCCUGCUUGUGCUCAACGCAGACCAGCAGCAGACCCAGCCAGCUGCAUUCACCAAGCUGUGACGAGGGAGGUGCCCAGAGCUGCCGGAGGAAGCACGGGGCCCUGCUCCGGGGGUCGGUGAGACGUCUGGAUUGCUCAGUAUAAAGCCACAGUGGCAGAAAGAGAGGCAGCUGGCAAAGACGUGAUGGAAGAGGCAGUAUGAGAUGAAAAGCAGUUUCCGUGUGGAGUGGCUGCUCUGGGGAUCCCAGGCAGAGCUCUCAGGGCUGCUGUUGAGACUUGGAAAUGCAGCCAGUUGCUCUGAGCAGAGAGCAAAAUAUUCUUCUAAGGCGAAGAGACAGCGAUCUGAUGAUUUUAAGUUCCCACGCUUAAAGAAAUCUGACUUUUAUCCUAAGGCAGCCUCGUGUGCAGUGCCUCUCCUGCCCGGGGAUUGCAGACCGCUGGGCCUCUGGUUGGUGGCUGUCCCCCUGCUGCAGCCUUAGUGCCUUAGCCCCAUGCCCAGCUGAAACCCUUCUGUCCGAGACAGGCAUGGGGUGUCAUAGCAUUUGGGAGGUCGCUGAUGUGUUCCCUGCUUGCCCCCUCCACGACGCUCUGCCCAUGAAACCUGGACGAGCACGCACCAGCAGUCCUCGGUUUGGGGCUGUAUAAUGCCUCGCAGCAAAGGGGGGGUUCUUCUCAUCCUGCUCCUGAUGGCGUCCAGCCAGUCAGCUGUCAGGGUUGGUGUGGGCUGGGCACCAGAUAGCUAACGCUGCUCUCUGCAUGUUUUAGGAACCAAGCAGCAAGUUGGCCGCAAACCUGUAAGCAUCAAAUAAGCAUGAGAGAGGAAAAAACGUGUCUUCUUUACUUAAUAGUUGGGUGUGGUGGGUCACUGAAAUUAGAUGAUUCUCUUAUCUUUGUUUUAAUCAGAAUUCUACAUGCACUUUUGCAAAGUUCCCUUUGUCCCCCAUCCCCACCCCCUUUUUUUGUUUUAAUCUUUGUAAAAAUGCCUGUAGGGGUCAGGAGAGGCAGGCUUCCCCUGGCUUCAGGUGGCACUGGCCCAGACACAGAUGGCUCUCCCCCAUUUUGUUCCCUUGCUCUCCAGGCACCUUCUGCAGGUUUGUUCCAGGGAGGAUUCUCUGCCUGCUUGUGCUUUGACAUCAGGGAGAGGCUCUGAAUGAGUGUAUGUCUUGCCUGGGACAGUCUCCUAAAGUGGGAAAGAAGUGGUUUCAGAGCUCCACACAGCAUCUUGUAAGCCAAUAAAUGUGUCCUGAGGUGUAGUUGCCACUUACUGGAUUGAAGAAUAUACUGUAGACUUUUCAGGAGGUCACGUCACUAAGCAGGGAAUUUCUGUUCAGUGUGAGCUGAGUGAACAGGUCCUCAGGUGUACCUGGGUUCACAGCAGACCCCUUGAGAAGGUACCCUCCUCCAGGCGUGGUGUGGUGUUCCUUCCUGCCUGUGUGUGCUCCAUUAGUCAUUUCUGUUUGGCACAAGAAAAUGAGUCCUGUAGUCGGGAGACUUUAAGAGACGCAGCAGCCAGCAUGCCGUCAAGCAUGAGAUGGGCGCUCACAGUGAAAAAAGGAAUAGUACAAAAACUGUUUAGUAGGUGCAGCAAUGGGUGUUGGGUGAGCAGGCAUUUUGUCGGGUUGUUGGGGUGGAGAAAGGCCCAGCAGGGUUGGCUUUUGUGGGAAUUUGGAAUUACAAAACAGAAGACCUGGUGGGUACCCAAAAUACAGAUAAUGAAGUUUGUAUCCAGAGCAAAAUAAAAAAAGUCAGUGGUAAAAAUCAAUCCUGGAGGCCCAAGGCAGCUGCUGGGUUAGCGUUUGGAAACUUCUGAGAAUAUCAUGGCAAGGUGCACACCCGUUAAGAAAGGUAAGGUGCUGGGUCCUUGGGAAGUCUGUGUGGUCUGGUGAUGGGGAAAGCAGGGAAGCUUCUGUAUUGUUAUGUGAAUGCAGAUUUGUCACAAAUGUUUGGAAUUAAAUUACAGGGACAUCAGAUAGUGUUUCAGUUCUUAUAGUGGCAGAACUAAGAAUUCAGAUGUCAGGAAGUCUGGAUCUCGAUGGAGUUUCUAAGAAAACUGAGUCAACAGCAUGUAUGAGGGAAGUAAGGCUUUAAAAAGAGAGUGAUGCUUCAUUCUGCACAUCAUUUCAAGCAAGUCUUAGGCAUUUAUUUCUGAUCAGGUGGGUGGCUGGCUCUGAACUGCUCCAUACCCUUCCAUGAUGUCCUUGGCACAGAUGGUCAUGCCUCACUCGGCAGUCAGUUGUCCUACAUGUAGUCUGUGUACAUGUCACCAGUUGCUGGGGGAGAAGGAGUUACCUAUUUGGAGAUGGUGCUUAUCCAGUUUUGGCUCUCAUUUGGCUGCAGUGUUAAACAAGCCCGCUAACCUCUCUGUGCCUUAGUUUCUAAUCUCAUGGACGACAUGGUUGCCUGACCCAGGGACUACCUCAAGGGCUUUUAGUGAGGGCAGAUGAAAUUAGGAAGAUUCAAGACCCUUUAGUACCAAGGAUUCCAGCUGACCAUAUGCUGGAAUCACUUGGGAAGCUGUAAAAAUGUGAUGAUGUCCCCACCUUCCACCUCUCCCCUGCCCCUGACUGAUUACGUUAGAAUCUCAGGCAUCAGUAUGCUUUGAGAUGCCUUGAACCACUGCUUGAGGAAGAAGGACAGACACAUUAUUACCUUAGAAGAAUCACGCAAAGGCCAGCACUUUCUAAAGACUUCCAUUUGCAAGGACAGGCACUGAAGCACGACCAGAUGUUGGGAGUGCGUCCAUAGUGUGGCAAAUUCUGAGCAGGUUAGGUUCUCUCCUUGCUUAUCACAGCACAUGGAAACUCAGAAGUGCUUUUGUGUACCUAAGUGGCUGAUAAAGCCUUGAUGGCAAAUGUAAGCAGGAUUUAUCCAUCUGCUAAAUAUGUGCAGAAGUCACUAAUUAUUGAAAGAAAAGCCCCUUCCCCCACACCUAACUCCUGUGGUAAUUGUCAAGGCCGUUUGACCCAGAAGGUUGAAGUGGCUCAGCAUCUGUGUGAUACAGUGCAGCCGGUGCUGGCAUACUUACCAGCUGACAGGAUGUGACAUUCCACUAGCAAGACCUCAGGAUGUUUAUCACAGACUUGGAUUGUCUAGUCAUGCUGGAAACCUACAGGAUCCACAGAACCACAAGCAGCAGUGAAGCCUGAGUGUGUUUUCAUGAACAGUAGAGGUGGAGUCAACUAGGGGUGGGCCAGUCCUGUUGUGGGUGUGCUGGGGGCUCUACUAGAGAGGACAAGGUACCAUAGGAUGUCCCCUACAGCAUGUGAGGACUGUAGAGAAGUCAGGGAUGUGUGUGUGUCUGAUCCUGGACAUCAAAUCUGUACCUAAGAGGAAAUGAAUUCUGAAAUGAGACAAUUUAUGAAUGUUUAAAAUGCCUGGAGCAUUAAAGUAAUGAUAUUUCAAGUGUUUGUGUCCCCUUUGGUUCUAUCAUCUUAUUUCAGGUAUCGACUGUCCAAGAAUCUCACUGGUUAUUUGACCAUGAUUCUGUUAUCUGGAGGUAGACAGACUUUUUAUGUAAAGGGCCAGAUAGUAAAUAUUCUAGAAUUUGCAAACCA